AAUUUUGCAAUUUUGGUCCCUCAAGUCUAAAAUGUGUGAUUAAGUCCAGGAACGUGUGGUAAGGUAAAAGAAGAGAGCAUUUGCAAGAAGAAUGAAGAAGCAUGCAGUUGUAUCUAGCAGCGUUAAGAAGAUGAUGAAGAAGAAGAAGAAAAGAAAACGCUCUUAUUCAUCCAACUCUCAACAGGUCUCCGAUCUCAACACCCUAUUCGCUUUGUUACUCGCAUCACUCUCUAACCAAACCCCUCUUCCCUCCUUCAUCAACAACUGCUUAUUCAAAAUUCACCAUUCUCUUCUCCUCUCCAAAUCCUCCGUCACACCUAUCCUCGCCUUACUUCCAUCUCUCCUCUCUUCCACACACUCCCAAAUCGCACGCCGCGCCGCAGACAUCAUCGGGGCAGCCUCACUCGUUUCGCUCGAAAUCAACGAGGAAAUCGCCACCGAUUCCGAAACCGUUAAGGGAUUAAUCUCGCUGUUGAAUAAUCCCAAUAGAAAGGUUCAGUUCUCUGCUUGCAAUGCUGUCUUGGAUUUGUCUACCACUGCUGCAGCUCAACAGCAACUUCUCAAAUUCUCUGCCUUGCACAAACUAAUGUUUGUGUUUCUUCAGAUUUUUAAGCGUGUGGAAUCUGUAUGUUUAUGGUCUGAGGGAAAUGAAAAUUUUCACUCGCUUAAGAUCGGGAUUAGGGAAGAUGAACUCUCGGUGGCUUUACUCAGUGCAAUUAUUGUUCUUAUAAAUGCCUGUGAUCUUGAGCAACUUCAUGAUAUUCCGACAAGCCUUUCUGAAGCAUCCCUGAAUCUUCUAAAAGUGAUAAGGGCAAAUGCUAGUCAUCAUUUGGUAAUCAGAGGUGCUGUGAAAUCUAAUGAAGAAGGACACCUUUGUAAGAGUAACAUUGGAGUUAGUGAUCUUGCCGAAAGCAUCUUUAGGCUUUCCAUUAAUUCUUCACAACUUACUAACUCUUUGCCACUUGAAGUGGUACAAAGAGGUCUUUUUGGUACGAGCGAUACCAGUUUUGAAGAUUUUAUGUCAAAUUAUUGGGAAGUUUUGCCUUUUCUUUUAACAAGGACAACGGAGGAUCACAAUGUGAAUGAUAUGUUUAGCCCAUUCAUACAAUCUUUGAACUGGAAUGGGGGCGUUCCUUCCCUCCUUCAUUCAAUUCUUCAAGGUCUUGUGUCUUGUUUUCCUAUUGCUUCAGAGGAGCAAAACAUCCUUAAUUUUCUAAUUGAGGUGAAAGAUAGACUUGGUUGUCCUAUAAUUUACCAGCAAGAUAUACGAGUUGUAAAAACUGAAAGCCAAUCGAGAAAGGAAAUACAUUACUUUCGGGACUUUCAUUCAGACUGCCUUAAGGAACCUCUGUAUUUAACUACCGAAGAUGUCUUAAAGUGUGAGCAAGCAUAUAAAGAGGGUUAUACUCUUGCCCUGCGUGGUCUGGAGUUUCGUUAUCAGAGCAUUGCUGCUAUUGCCGAUACAUUAGCACUUAUGUUUGGCCAACCUUCAGUAGGUGCCAAUUUGUACUUAACACCACCUAAUUCUCAGGGGUUGGCUUGUCACUUUGAUGAUCACUGUGUAUUUGUCUGCCAGAUUUUUGGCUCCAAGAAGUGGACGGUAUUUUCUCGACCCGGUCAGAUGUUACCUCGCCUAUAUGAUAGUCUUUGUGGUGCUGGUGUUGACUGUUCAAAAGCUGGUAAAAGAGAGUUUUUUCUCAAGGAGGGGGACGUAUUGUAUAUUCCCAGAGGUUUUCCACAUGAGGCUUAUACAAAUUAUGGUGUCGAAUCUGUUGAUGAUGGUUCUCCUGGAUUUUCAUUGCACCUUACACUCAGUAUUGAGGUUGAACCUUUGUUUGAGUGGGAAGGAGUAGCUCAUUUUGCUCUUCAUUGCUGGAGUGAAAACUGGAAAAGACCAUGUUAUGAUUCCAUUAACUCUCUGUCUCAAAAACUUGUUUUUGUGUCUGUGAAUCUUUUACAUGUUGCGAUUGGGAUAAUUAGCACUUGCGAUCCUAGUUUUCGGAAAGCAUGUUUGACUGCUGCAGUAUCAUUGCCACCAGAUGUUUAUCAUAAGCUUAUUCAGAAUCAGAGAAAAACUUUUCUCCACUUGAUUGAUAAAAUAUGUAAUGAAUCUAGCUUCUCGGAAGUGCUGAGUAAUGUAGAGGUUGCAAUUCAGAAAAAUAAAGAUCCAUUUGAACAAUUCCAAUGGAUUUGGGUUCAUCAUAUGGAAAAAGAAGCCAAAAGUUCUUUCAACACAGAAAAAUCUUUCAAUAUUGAAGAUUUACACACUCUGUGUGGCAAGCACAAGGACAAGUUAGAAGCUGCUUUUCUGAAUGUGAAGUCUAGGUUUUGUAGUGAGGUGGUAUUUGAGGAUGUUGUAACUAGUCACAGGAUGCUUCUUCAGAAGUAUAAAAAUACAAGAAGGCAAUAUAUUAAUGGAAUGAUUUCACUUCAUAAUAAAUUGUAAUGCUGCUGUUUUAAUUUA